UAGAUGGCCAAUCGAAAUAAAUCGAAAACUAGCUCAGGGAUGGCAGCACUUUACAUUUAGUUCAACGACCGCUCCCGUACCGGUGACACUGUAUACGUUUUUUGGGUGAAAAAAAUACAAAAAACUGUGUAUUUCUUAGUUUUUUUUUACUUCAGAUGUGAAACUUUUUUGUGGAUGUUUGUGAUCAGUCAAAUAAGAUGCCGAAUCGAUACGUUCGCAAAACUGGCCGUGGCAGUUGGAGUCAACUAGAUUUGACGCAAGCAAUCGAAGCAGUAAGUGCUAGAAAUGUAUCCGUUCGACAAGCUGCUUUGGAGUAUGGUGUGCCGCGAAAAACUUUAGAGAGACGUCUAAAAUCUCAAAAUUAUAUUAAAGGUCCUAUGGGUCCAUCAUCUAGUUUUGGUAGCGAACAUGAAAAGAGACUAGUAAAACACAUAUUGAAUAUGCAGAAACAUUGUUUCCCAUUAACACCUAAAGAUUUAAGAAGCAUUGCGUUUCAUUUUGCUGAACAAUUGGGUUUAAAGCAUUCUUUUAACAAAAAUAAACAAGAAGCCGGAUAUGUUUGGCUGCAGUCUUUUUUAAGUAGAAACCCUGAAAUAACAUUAAGAAAGGCAGAAGGUGUAUCUAUUGCGCGAACUCAAAGUUUGAACCGCACGGAAGUAAAUGCAUAUUUUAAUACAUUAAGUGAUUUACUUGAACAGUAUGACUUAUUUGAUAAACCAUCAAAAAUAUUUAAUAUGGAUGAAUCUGGUCUGCAGUUAAAUCCGCGACCUGGUAUUGUAUUGGCUCAAAAAGGGUCAAAAGCUGUAUGCUCCCAAACCUCAACAGAAAAAGGAGAAACUAUUACAGUAAUCGCUUGUUGUAAUGCUGAAGGGGUAUUCCUUCCACCAGCAUGUAUUAUGAAAGGGAAAAAUAAAAAACAAGAGUGGCAGGAUGGAAUGCCCCCUGGGUCAGUACUUUACAUGUCUCAAAAGUCCGCUUAUAUUAAUACUAAUAUAUUUUUUGAAUGGCUGAAAACACAUUUCUUACCGCGGAAACCUCCUGGAAAGGUAUUACUAAUUUUAGAUGGCCACACUUCUCACUGUAAUUCGGUAGAAAUGUUAGAAUUUGCUACUGAUAAUGACAUUUGCUUAUUCACGUUUCCCAGCCACACAACUCACUAUCUUCAAACCCUUGAUAGGUCUGUGUUUAAGUCAUUAAAAGCUUUUUACUAUGAAGCAUGUCGAAUUUGGCUUAAACGAAAUCCAUGGAGACGUCUCACUCGCCUUCAGUUCGGAGAAUUGCUGUCGACAGCUUGGAGCAAAGCAGCAACUUAUGAUAACGCUGUAAAUGGUUUCAAAGCUACCGGUGUUUAUCCAUUUGAUAGGAAUGCUAUUCCUGACUAUGCAUUUAUUGGGUCUACUCAAGAUAAUUAUAUCCAUGUGGACACAAAUCAACUUGAAACUCCUAGAAUCCAUGAUACAAGAAUAAGACCUUCUCUGCCUGAUAUAGAAAUAAACCAGCCGCGGCCUUUUGGGAUUCAAACUUCUCGAAGAAGCAGCACCCCUUCCCUGCCUGACAUAGAACCAAGCCUGCCAGGACCUUCUGGAAUUCAAACUUCUCGAAGAAGCAGCACCCCUUCCCUGCUUGACAUAGAACCAAGCCUACCAGGACCUUCUGGAAUUCAAACUUCUCGAAAAAGCAGCACCCCUUCCCUGCCUGACAUAGAACCAAGCCUGCCAGGACUUUCUGGAAUUCAAACUACAAAACAUACCUCCCAAGAACAAGAAAAAAGCACCUCUUCUACUACCACAGGAAAAAACAGUCCUUCUUUGUUGGAUCAUGCAUCACUUUUUGAAGACCAGGCAAACACAAUAUUAGAUAACGGAGAUAAAAGUACAAGCAAUGUAAUUGAACUUUUGGAACAUACAACGCCAAUAAAAGACACAGAUAAGUCAGCACCAUUAGUUGAAAUUAACGAGACUCCUUCAAAAAUUUUAAAUGAGUUAUCACCAUUACCACUUAAGGUCUACACAGCAAAAAAACAUUCAAAGCAAGUUGCUACAAUACUAACUUCAGAAAAACACAUCAAGUACAGAAAAGAGUGUGAAGAAAAGAAAAAUAAAAGGCAAGACAAGCAAAGUAAAGCACAAGCAAAAAACAUAAAAGGAAAAAAAACUACUGUUAAUAUUAAAAAUGAGAAUAAAAAAAAUAAUUUACGUAAGAAAAAGAUUAAAGAUCAAAAGGAUUCAACAAUGACAGAUGAGGAAGAUCAGCCAGUCAAGAAGAAAAUCAAGAAAGAAAAAAAAGAAUUAAAGAAAAAAAAUAGAGCUACGGCAAACCUAAAAAAGAUGAAAAACCUUGAGGAAUCUAGUGACAUGGAAAAUGAAAUUCAGCCAAUAUAUCUGGAGAGUGGUGAUUCUUCCCCAAUAGAAUCUUGUAUUGAUGACUGUGUAGGGUGUGGUGACAAUUAUUAUCAAACGGAAUUAAUUGAAGAUUGGAUCCAAUGCAUGAUCUGCAAGAGGUGGGUUCACGAAAACUGUACGGAGUUCGAUGACAAAUGUCACCCGUGUGGCAAAAUAGAAAAGGAGAAGGCAAAAUCUAAAAGACGUGCCUAAUUAUCAUAUUGAUUGUUUAAGGAGAGAUGGCCACUUCUGAUUUAUAAAAAAUAUAUGUUUAAUUAAAGGCAAAUAAGAAAUUAUUUUCAUUCUGAUUAUUUGUUAAGCUAAUUAAUACGUAUUAGUACUUUUUUAAAAACCAACAAGACUUAUAUCUUGUAUUAAGAAAUUGUCCAAAUACGCUCCGAAAAUAAACAUGGCCAUCUGUCCUCGGCCUAAUUAUCAUAUGGCCAUCUUAGGUAAAAUACCAUGGCCAUCUUACAUUGAUUAGUUUAGGGCAGAUGGCCAACCUAGAGUUUAAAAAAAAUAAGUCUAUUUGAAGACUGAUUAGAGAUUAGUUUAAGAUCGAUUGUUUGUUCAGCUGAUUAAUAAAUAUACUUGUUAAAAAUCUAACAAGAUUUUUUUAUUUCAUGAACAAAUCUCCAAAAUAACGUCCGAAAAAAAACAUGGCCAUCUAUCCUCGAAUU